UUUAAUCCAGUUUUUCAGGGUUUUAACAUAUUAAACUGUUAUCAACUGUACCGAAAAGUCCUGCUACCGGUAGCGCCAGGAAAGGACUCUCAGCCUUUCUUCUUGCCUCAGAUAAGUCCUCUUUCAAUUGCUGCUACUCCACUCCUUGUUUUCUCUUCAACCUGCUUCUGACUCUAUUAAAAAACAACAACACCUCUUUCGUUUCCCAGCUCUCCACUCCUCACCAGUAUGCACAUACCAGAUGAGGGAGCUCUGCUUUCUUAAUUCUUUUCACUUUCUUCACUCCUGCUAGCUCCAGGAAAGGACUUUCAGCCUUGCUUCAGUUUGUUCUCCUCGCCUCAGAUAAGUCCUCUUUCAAUUGUUGGUACUCCACUCCUUGUUUUCUCUUCAACCUGCUUCUGACUCUAUUUUAAAAAAAAACACCACCCUCUUUCGUUUUCCAGCGCUCCGGUUCUCAUCAGUAUGCACAUACCAGAGGAGGGAGCGGCUACCACUUCGGCUUUCUUAAUUCUUUACACUUUCUUCAGCUGAAUAUGCUUGCAGAAAGUAAAACAGAAAGCUGAAAACAAUGGUGUUGCUGGUGGUGAUGUAAUUGCACGAUCGGGGAGUCCACAGGCCUAGCGGCGGAGGGUGAGCUGGAGCAGCAGUCCCCAGGCUGCACAGAGUUAAUAGCAUCGUUUAGCAUUGUUUGCUGGGGGAUACUCCCCCCGCCUCGGGCAGGCUUGCGAGUAAAAGACGCACCUGAAUUUUGGUGGCUAUUUUUCGAGUGAAAAAAUGCGUCUUAUAGUCCGUAAAAUACGAUCAGUCGAGGAAGAGAAUUAGACAAGCUCUCAGAAUGGGCAGAAAAAUAUCCCUAUGCCUUCCCUAGAUGGUUUGGUGGGUUUUUGCCUGUGUUAGUAGUCAACCAUCCUGAUUACGCCAAAGCUGUGUUUGGUCGAGGAGACCCCAAGGCUAUGGUCACCUACAGAUUCUUGGCACCUUGGAUUGGAGAAGGACUGCUGCUCCUAAACGGACCAAAAUGGUUUCAGCACCGCCGAUUGCUAACUCCAGGGUUCCACUAUGACAUUUUGAAACCUUACGUAGCACUGAUUGCAGAGUCAACCAAAGUGAUGCUGUGUAAAUGGGAGAAGCUGAUUGCGAAGGAUACGAUGAAAUCUCUGGAGAUGUUUGAACAUAUCAGCUUGAUGACUCUAGACAGCAUAAUGAAAUGUGCAUUCAGUUACCAGAGCAGCAGCCAGACUGACAGUGAGUUGGAUUGUUACAUCAAAGCUGUCUACGACCUGACCUAUCUGGUGUCUCGGAGAGUCCGCACUCUCUUGCAUCGGAAUGAUUUAAUCUAUCGGUGCAGCUCACCAGGGCGUCAUUUCCUGGAAGCCUGCAGAUUGGCUCAUCAACAUACAGAAAAAGUCAUAGAAGAAAGAAAGAGAUACUUCAAGGAGGAAGGAGAACUUGAAAUGCUCCAGAAGAAACGGCACUUAGAUUUUCUGGAUAUUCUUCUGUGUGCCAAGGAUGAAAAUGGAGCUGGGUUAUCUGAUGAAGAUCUGCGUGCUGAGGUGGACACUUUCAUGUUUGAAGGCCAUGAUACCACGGCCAGUGGGAUAUCCUGGACUUUAUAUGCCAUGGCUCAGAAUCCAGAACACCAGCAAAGGUGCAGAGAAGAGAUAAUGGAGACACUAGGAGAACGAGACGUAGUUCAAUGGGAUGACCUGGGGAAGAUUCCUUACACCACCAUGUGUAUUAAGGAAAGUCUCCGUCUUUACCCUCCAGUCCCUUCAGUGACCCGGCAGCUCAGCACACCGAUCACAUUUUGUGAUGGACGUACCUUGCCUGAAGGUUCCUUGGUAGCAAUUAACAUUUAUAACAUCCACCGAAACCCAGCUGCAUGGCAAGACCCGGAGGUAUUUGAUCCCACAAGAUUCUCACUAGAGAACUCUUCUCGGCGUCAUUCCCAUGCUUUUGUGCCUUUUGCAGCUGGAUCAAGGAACUGCAUUGGGCAGCAGUUUGCCAUGAAUGAGAUGAAAGUGGCUCUUGUCCAAAUCCUGCUCCGAUUUGAAAUCUUGCCUGAUCCAGCAAAGCCUCCUGUCCCAGUCCCACAGCUUGUCCUGAAGUCUGAUAAUGGAAUAAACCUAUUGCUAAAGAGACUCAACUGAUAGCAAAGAGCCCCAAAGGAAUUUUUCUUUCAGUAUCGGUUCUCAGGGUCAAACUAGAUGAGACAACAAUGAUCCUUGGUCAGAUCUUUCAUCUUUUUGAAUUCUGUAAAAGGCAGGCACUAGGGCCCCUAAAUUCACUUAACCCUUUACCCCCUUGCUAUUUUCCCGAUAAACCCUCCACCCCCUGGAGUUAUUUGCCUCAUUUGUGAAAACUUAUGUGUACCUAUAUAAGAGUUUCAUGGAGGUUAUUUUCAUCAGGAAAAUGGCAAGGGGAAACAGUUAACAUCUUCUUUCACAGCCGAAUGGUCACAUUACAAACUGGGUUUCCAGUUACAUAAAUUCCCAUCGCUUUCCAUUAAUAUAAAUGGAAAGAGGUGGGAGAUCCAGUCCCAGAUCUCCAGCAUCUCGUCUAGUUUGGCCCUUCGCUGUAUGUCAUUCUUCGUUGCUGUAAACAUUUGCUUCUAUUGUGACCACUCCUUUCCAUUUCAUUGUUAAGUUCCAAAGGGAAACAAAUUAAGUAAAAUCCAUUUCAUUUGUUAGGCAAGGUCAUUUCUAUAAAAAUUCUGCUUCUGACCUCAUUUCCUGUACAGAGCAAGGCAUUCUUCCUUGGUGGUGGAAAACAUGGGCCUGAUUGGAACUAGAGUUAAUCUAGUCAUCAUGAACAGAAAACAUGGGCCUGAUUGGAACUAGAGUUAAUCUAGUUAUCAUGCACUUGGCAGACCCAUUAACAAUUUGAUGUACAUAUUGCAUUGUUAGCAAAGGCCCAGAAUGUAGCGCACACCCUAAGGGCUGGAAAUUGGCUCCUUGUUAGCUCCUUUGCUAUGGCAUUUGUUUACUUAUACCCUAACCCCAGGCCAUAGCCAACCUUCCUCAAUUGGUAGGAUUGCUAUUUUUCUGGGUGAGACUUCAUAGAAAUGAAUAGAAAACCAGUUAUUUCCUUAUAAUCAACACAAACUCCUGUAUCCCUCUUACCAAGUCCCAAAAUGUCCAUGAAUUGCUGAAAACGUCACUUUGAACCAAGCGGAAUCUUGAACUAGUAUAGCUGUGUGACACUCCCGCUGAAUAAAACCCAUGAAGUUUUCCUGGGUAUAACAGGAAAUUGUGAGUGGUAUUGCAACAGGGAUAACAGCUAAGUGGAGGAAUAUGUGAGCCUAAUAUGACCAGACACAGGCCAGAGUUCGUUUAAGAGCUUUUUCCAUGGCACUGGUAGAGGUCAAGUAAUCAUAUUUCUCUGCCACCAUAAUGUCAGUACAGUUUCUGACAGGAGAGUUUUUCCAAGUAGUAAAAGACAUUGAAAGUUCCGGAUGCUUCACUUAAGUGUGUGACUGCUCGGUGGACUGUUGUGACAUUGUUGUGAAUAGUCUCUUCUCUCUCUAAAGAGCUAACAGGAAGCAAACCCCUGUCUUGAAUGACAGGUUUUUGCACCUAGGACACCAAUUUUAAAGUUCUGGUUUAAAUCCAGUUUAAGUCCAAUUUUUAAGUCCAGUUUUAAGUUGUGCUGAGGUUGGGUUGAAGUUGUAAUGUGUGUGGGUUUCUCUGGAGAUGGGGAGUCAGGGAGUGCCUUCGUUGAAGGUGGGGCAGCUAUUCCGGUGGUGUUGGAGAAUAGAAGAAGAAACGUUGGCAGGUCAGCAGGCUGUUCCAGGGGAAGGGUGGUCAGAAAUCUAAUAGCUGUCCCCCUUUCCGGCUGUCCUGCCAGCUCUUUGACCUCGGGGAGCACUGCCAAUAUCCCACAUAACCUUACUUUGCUCCUCUGCAAUGCCAGGUCGGUCCAGAAUAAAUCAGAACUCAUCCAUGAUUUGAUCAUGGAUGAAGGGGCCAACCUGAUGUGUAUUACUGAGACUUGGUUGGGGGAGGCUAGUGGUCCAGUCUGGUCCCAGCUUCUCCCGCCAGGAUAGUCUGUAGAGGAGCAGGUGAGGGGAUGUGGGCGGGGAGGUGGAGUGGCUGUGGUCUAUAAGGAUAACAUCUCCCUUACCAGGGUCCCUGUUCGGGUAUCGGACCAUAUUGAAUGUGUGUAUUUGAGUUUGGGGACCACGGAUAGAUUGGGACUUCUGUUGGUGUACCGAUUGCCCCGCUGCCCAACAGAAUCCCUUACUGAGCUCACGGACUUGGUCGCGGAACUUGCGUUGGAGUUUCCCAGACUUUUGGUGCUGGGGGACUUCAAUGUUCAUUUUGGGACCAAUUUGUCCGGGGCAGAUCAGGAGUUCAUAGCGGCCAUGAUGACUAUGAGCCUAUCUCAAGCGGUCUCUGAUUCAACGCAUAUUGCAGGUCACACGCUUGAUUUGUUCUUUUAUUCUGAUCAGGGUGGUGUUCUGUGGGUGGGGACUCCUACGAUUUCCCCGUUGUCAUGGACGGACCACCAUCUGGUUAAGGUUGGACUUACAACUGCUUUCCACUUUCGCAGGGGCGAGGGGCCUAUUAGAAUGGUCCGCCCGAAGAGGUUACUGGAUCCGGUAGGAUUCCAAGAAGCCUUGGAGGGAUUUAAUGUUGGCUCUGCUGGUGAUCCUGUUGAUGCCCUGGUUGAGAACUCAAACAACUUGCUCACUAGGGCAGUAAACACGAUUGCUCCUAAGCGUCCCCUCCGACCUGCUUCAAAAUUGGCCCCUUGGUAUAUGGAAGAUCUACGGGGGCUGAAGUGGCAAGGUAGGCGACUGGAGCGCAAGUGGAGAAAAACUCGACUCGAAUCCGACAGAUUACGACAUGGAGCACAUUUAAAGAUCUAUGCUCAGGCGAUACAUGCGGCAAAGAAGCGGUUCUUUUCUGCCCGUAUUGCCUCUGCGAGUUCACGUCCGGCGGAGUUGUUCAGGGUUGUGAGGGGACUAGUAUCUGCCCCCUCUCCCUUGAACCAGAAUUUGGAGGCAUCAGUUACCCGCUGUGGUGUGUUUAAUGAAUUUUUCGCAGACAAAAUCUCUCGGAUUCGGGCCGACCUAGAUGGAGACUCCACAAUUAAUUUGAUGUCUGAACUGGAGGUGUCCGACAACUCCUCUUAUACGAUUUGACUGGAUCAAUUUCAGUUUGUGACUCCUGAUGAUGUGAACUAGUUGCUUGGAGUGGUGAGGCCUACCACUUGUCCUCUUGAUCCUUGUCCAACAUGGCUUGUUCGAUCUAGCAGGGAGGCUGUUGUAGGAGGCCUGGUAGAAAUCAUAAAUGCUUCUCUGAGGGAGGGCAGGAUGCCUCCUUGUCUUAAGGAGGCAAUUAUUAGACCUCUUCUAAAGAAGCCUGCGUUAGAUCCCUCAGAGUUGAGCAAUUAUAGGCCAGUUUCCAAUCUCCCAUGGCUGGGCAAGGUAAUUGAGAGGGUGGUGGCCUCUCAGCUCCAGGCGGUCUUGGAGGAAACUGAUUAUCUAGACCCAUUUCAAACUGGUUUUCGGGCGGGCUAUGGGGUGGAGACUGCCUUGGUCGGCCUGAUGGAUGAUCUCCAAUUGGCAAUUGACAGAGGAAGUGUGACUCUGUUGGUCCUCUUGGAUCUCUCAGCGGCUUUCGAUACUAUCGACCGUAGUAUCCUUCUGGAACGUCUGAGGGGGUUGGGGGUGGGAGGCACUGUUUUACAGUGGUUCCACUCCUACCUCUCGGACAGAUUCCAGAUGGUGUCGAUUGGAGAUUGUUGCUCUUCAAAAUCUGACCUUAAGUAUGGUGUCCCUCAAGGCUCCAUACUCUCUCCAAUGCUUUUUAACAUCUCCAUGAAACCGCUGGGAGAGAUCAUCAGGGGAUUUGGAGCUGGGUGUUACCAGUAUGCUGAUGACACCCAGAUCCACUUCUCCAUGUCAACCUUGUCAGGAGUUGGCAUAUCCUCCCUAAAUGCCUGCCUGGAAGCAGUAAUGGGCUGGAUGAGGGAGAAUAAACUGAAGCUGAAUCCAGAUAAGACGGAGGUACUUAUUGUGUGGCGUCGGAACUCUAGAGACGAUUUUGAUCUGCCUGUUCUAGAUGGGGUCACACUUCCCCAAAAGGAACAGGUUCGCAGUCUGGGAGUACUUCUGGAUCAACGUCUCUCCUUGGUUUCUCAGGUUGAGGCGGUGGCCAGGGGUGCUUUCUAUCAGCUCCGGCUGAUACGCCAGCUGCGCCCGUUCCUCGAGAUCAAUGACCUCAAAACAGUGGUACAUUUGUUGGUGAUCUCCAGACUGGACUUCUGUAACGCACUCUAUGUGGGGCUGCCUUUGUACAUAGUCUGGAAACUUCAGUUGGUUCAGAAUGCAGCAGCCAGGUUGGUCUCUGGGUCAUCUCGUAGAGACCACAUUACUCCUUUGUUGAUGGAGUUACAAUGGCUGCCAAUAGGUUUCCGGGCAAAAUACAAAGUGCUAGUCAUAACUUAUAAAGCCCUAAACGGCUUAGGCCCUCGGUAUUUAAGAGAGCGUCUUCUUCGCUAUGAGCCCCACCGGUCGCUGAGGUCACUUGAGGAGGUCCGUCUCCAGUUGCCACCAACUCGUUUGGUGGCUACACAGAGACGGGCCUUCUCGACUGCUGCCCCAAGAUUGUGGAAUGCGCUCCCUGCUGAGAUACGAUCCUCCCCAUCUCUGGCAAUUUUCAGGAAACACCUGAAAACACAUCUCUUCAACCAGGCUUUCUCAGCUUUUUAAAACUUGUUUUUAAAUUGUUCUGAUUAUUUAAUUGUUGUUUUAUGAUGUUUUUAAUUGUUAAUCAUUGUUUUAUACUUUAUAAUUUUUGUUUAAUUAUUAAUUGAUUUUAAUGGUGUUUUAAUGUAAACCGCCUUGAGCCUUUUGGAAGGGCGAUAUAAAAGUUUUAUUAAUAAUAACAACAACAACAACAACCACUGGGAUAAUUUUGGUCUUUUUCUGCCACAGCCUUUCAAUUUCAAUUUGUAAAUCUUUGUAUUUUGUCAUUUUUUUCCAUUUCUUUUUCUUCUAUUAUAUUAUAUAUAUUCUAUUAAUAAUAAUAUAUUAGUAUAUAUUAUAUAUUAUAUUAUAUAUAUUCUAUUCUAUUCUAAUAUAUAUUCUAUUAAAUAAUAAUAAUAAUAAUAAUACAAAAAGCAGCUUUACUGGGAACAGCCUAUAUUCUGCGAUGAUAUCUAUUGAUGUAGUAUGGUAGACUUGACCCAGUAGGGGAGGUUCUUUUCUGGGCGGAUGGAGCCCAAUAACCAGCCCAGAUGAGAGGACUUAAAGAUCAAAGCUUUUAUUCUGCCUUAAGAACAGAGGUGUUACUUUGGCUUAUGCUCAAAGCAAGACAAAGGAAUAUUCAUACAUCCAUACCUUUAUACAAGAAAAAUUCAAAAGUCAUCCACACAAAACAACAGCAUGUUGUUGCCAGAGUGCUUAACCAAGGCCAGGCACAAACCACAAGCAUGUACACGGGCAGACAGCCAGCUUCUUCCUAGUCAUAUCAGCUUUUUCUUACAUAUCACAGUCGGUCACUGUAACCUAUGGGGGAUGGAAAACUACUAGAGAAACAUAGUUUUGACAGUGCGUUGCACUGACAAGCAAAGCAACAUCUCUUGCAGAGAACCAUUAUUUCAAACUAAUUCAGGCUGUGCAAUUCUAUGCAUUUCUAAUUUACUAUACAUCAAUUCCCUAUACAUCAUCUAUAACAACAACAACAUUGACAACAAAAUUCAGCCAUCAUAAGAACAUAAGAACAGCCCUCCUGGAUCAGGCCCAAGGCCCAUCUAGUCCAGCAUCCUGUUUCACACAGUGGCCCACCAGAUGCCACUGGAAGCCACAGGCAGGAGUUGAGAGCGUGCCCUCUCUCCUGCCAUUACUCCCCUGCAACUGGUACUCAGAGGCACCCUGUCCUUGAGGCUGGAGGUGGCCCAUAGCCGUCCAACUAGUAGCCAUUGAUAGACCUCUCCUCCAUGAAGUCAUCCAAACCCCUCUUAAAGCCAUCCAGGUUGUUGGCUGUCACCACAUCCUGUGGCAGAGAGUUCCACAAAUGGAUCAUGCGUUGUGUGAAAAAGUACUUCCGUUUGUUGGUCCUAGACCUCCUGGCAAUCAAUUUCAUGGAGUGACCCCUGGUUCUAGUGUUGUGUGAGAGGGAAAAGAAUCUCUCUCUCUCCACUUUCUCCACACCAUGCAUGACCUUAUAGACCUCUAUCAUGUCUCCCCACAGUUGUCUUUUUUCUAAACUAAAAAGCCCUAGGUGUUGUAGUCUUGCCUCAUAAGAAAGGUGCUCUAGGCUCCUGAUCAUCUUGGUUGCCCUCUUCUGUACCUUCUCCAGUUCAACAAUGUCCUUUUUAAGAUGUGGUGACCAGAAUUGUACGCAGUACUCCAAGUGUGCUCGCACCAUAGUUUUGUAUAAGGGCAUUAUAAUGUUAGCCGUUUUAUUUUCAAUCCCCUUUCUAAUGAUCCCUAGCAUGGAAUUAGCCUUUUUCACCCUAGGUCUUUGGGAAGGACUCGAUGUCUGGAUAAAACAAACCAGUCAAUAACACCUGUCUGACUGUGUAAACAAGAAAUAAUAAAAAAACAACUAUUCAACACCAAUGAAACAAAGCAGGCCUACAAGAAAGAACAAGUCAAGAACCGAGCAGAAAAAUAAGCCACUGAAUGGUCAAUAUUUGCACAAUAUAACUGGAAAAUCAGACAUCACCAAGACCUGGCAAUGGCUUAAGAAUGGCAACUUGAAGAAAGAAACAGAGGGUUUAAUACUGGCUGCACAAGAACAGGCACUAAGAACAAAUGCAAUAAGAGCAAAAGUCGAAAAGUCAAUCACAAACAGCAAGUGCUGCCUUUGUAAAGAAGCAGAUGAAACAGUGGACCACCUAAUCAGCUGUUGUAAAAAAAAUCGCACAGACUGACUACAAACAAAGGCAUGACAAGGUAGCAGGGAUGAUACACUGGAACAUCUGCAAAAAAUACAAGCUACUUGUAGCCAAAACUUGGUGGGACCAUAACAUUUAAAAAGUUGUAGAAAAUGAAGAUGCAAAAAUAUUAUGGGACUUCCGACUACAAACAGACAAACAUCUGCCACACAAUACGCCAGAUAUAACUGUAGUCGAGAAGAAAGAAAAACAAGUCAAAAUAAUCGACAUAGCAAUACCAGGGGAUAGCUGAAUAGAAGAAAAAGAAAUAGAAAAAAUCACCAAAUACAAAGAUCUACAGAUUGAGAUUGAAAGGCUGUGGCAGAAAAAGACCCAAAUAAUCCCAGUGGUAAUUGGCACCCUAGGUGCAAUUCCAAAACAACUUGAAGAGCACCUCAACACCAUAGGGGCCACAGAAAUCACCACCAGCCACUUACAAAAAGCAACUUUACUGGGAACAGCCUAUAUUUUGCAACAAUAUCUAUAAUAACCAACAGUAUUGUUGAUAAAAUUCAGCCAUCCCAGGUCCUUGGGAAGGACCCGAUGUCUGGAUAAAACAAACCAGUCAAUAACACCUGUCUGACUGUAUAGACAAGAAAUAAUAAUAAUAAUAAUAAUAAUAAUAAUAAUAAUAUUUCAUUCAUUCAUUCAUUCAUUCAUUCAUUCAUUCAUUCGAUUUAUAUAACGCCCUUCCAAAAAUGGCUCAGGGCAGUUUGCACAGAGAAAUAAUAAAUAUAUAAGAUGGAUCCCUGUCCCUAAAGGGCUCGCAAUCUAAAAAGAAACCUAAGAUAGACACCAACAACAGUCACUGGAGGUACUGUGCUGGGGGUGGAUAGGGCCAGUUACUCUCCCCCUGCUGAAUAAAAAGAAUCUCCAUGUUAAAAGGUGCCUCUUUGCCAAGUUAGCAGGGGCUAACUUGAAUGCCAUGUGGCAUUUUGAAUGCGGUCAAGUUUCCCCCAGCAUUGCCUCUUCCAUGCAUGCGGCUCUGUACAAUUCUGUCUUUCAUUUGGUGGUUGCCAUAGCACCACCAGCCCACUGAAUAUUAAUAGUAUGUCCUAUGUCAACUUGCAAAGGCAAUGCAAUGCUACAGGUUGCCAAUUUGCACAGUUGAACAGUUGUUGCUAUGCAAUCAUUCUAACUUGCUUUUGUUCUUGUUGUUGCAGUUAUCAUGUUCAUUAAAAAAACACAACAAUGCCAAUAUUUUUUGGUUCACAAGUUUAUGUUAAGAGUAGGGAUGUGCACAAAACUAGUUUGCCCUGUUCGGUUCGAAUUCAAACCAGUUUCGAACCAGGAGGGGGUGGUUCGGUUUUGGUUUUGCUCAAACCUCCCCCUGGUUCGGUUCGAAUUUGAACUGUUUUGAACCACUUAUAACUGGUUUGGACAUCCAAAAAUGGGUAGGGGGGUAUCUGGCAACCAGGGGUACCUGCCACCCAAACCCCAAAGCAAUUGGAUACUUGUACGAUUUUUUAAUGAAUUUUGGGGAAAAAAAUUAUUUUUUUCUCAUAGGGUAUAAUGGGACUCGAACCACCCCAUUAUUCCCUAUUUUGUAGCACCCAUGGGUGCCAAAAACCAUGCAAACCCCGAAGCAAUUGGACACCCCUAUGAUUUUUAAGAAUAUUUGAAAUAUUUUUAAUUAUUUUUCUCAUAGGGUAUAAUGGGACCCGAACCAGCCCAUAUCCCCUAUUUUGGAGCACCUAGGGGUGCAAAAGUGGGGUGGGUGGUAGACACCCAGGGGUGACUACCACCCACAAAGUUCCAAGGCAAUCAGACACUCCUCUGAUUAUUGGUGAAUUUUAAAAUUAUUUUGAAUUCCUCAUAGAGAAUAAUGAGGAUUGCAGCAAAUGUAUAGCUUCACGUCAGGGAGAAAGGGGUGUCCUAGAGUGGAGUGUGGAGGGUGGUAUUUCCCAAGGUGGGCAAGGAAGCUAUCAGAAUUAUUUGAAAGAAAUUGGGCAAAAGGCUGAUUUUAAAGUGAUUUUUGAAGUUUACGCAACUUUAAGGAUUUUCUCCAUAAAGAAGCAUGGAGGUGUCGGCAAAUGUAUAGCUUCACGUCGGGGGGAAAGGGGUGUCCAAGAACGGAGUGUGGUGGGUGGUAGUGCCCAAGGGGGGCCAGGAAGCUAUCAGAAUUAUUUGAAAGGAACUAGGCAAAGGGCUGAUUUUUAAGUGAUUUUUGAAGUUUAUGUGUCUUUAAGGUUAGCAGACGAGAGUGGAUUCAUGGUUUGUCAUUGAAAAUCUUAUAUGCUACCAAAGAAUCUACACUCAGAACACUUCAGUAACAACAAAACCCAGUACCUCAUGGGUUAGCAACCCAUGGAGGUGGUUGGCACCCUCGCUCUGGGCCACCCCAGCACCCCUCAAGUGCAGUUAUGGGGCUGCUGAAACCUGCAUUCUUCCCUAUGGAGAAAAACCUUAAAGCCACUUGUGGGGUGCUGGGAUGGCCCAGAGUGAGUGGUGGUCUAGUGCAAAGAUUUACGUCCGAACUUACCUGAUAUCCCUGGUGCACAACCUGGAGGCGGUCUACCCUCCUCCACUCGAUCUCCUCCGUAGAGUCAAAAGCCAAGUCUUCCAUUUAGUAUGGCACACGGCAUCCUUCCCGUUGGACCAUGUGGUAGCCUUUAUGGAGGCUGAGCGGGUGUCUAGCUUUACCGGCCCUGCAGCCCUACGUUGUGACUGAAUUUAUGUCCUACAAUUUUGGAAACUGGAUUUUUGUAAAUGUUUGCAACAGAUCCAACCUCUUACAAAAGACUUGGGUUUCACUUUUCGCCCUGCACUGGCAGAAGUCAAUAUGGGGUAAGGUGUGGUGGGAGAAAGGAAAUUUUGAGGGAAACGUCAUGCAAACAUUGAAAGGGGACCAUCAGGAUUUUCUGAGAGAUUUGUUAUUUACAUUUUUAAAAUGGAAGCUUGUUCCAGAUCUCUUUAAAGAAUCCUCCUCGGUCAAGCAGCUAAGGAAAACAAUUUAUGUGGGGAUUCUGGAAGAGGCUUUUUUCAAACCCGCUUUAGAACAUAAAUGCCACAUACGCCACACUUCACAAUAUCUGUUGCAGCCCGAUAAGCCUAUAGCUCUGUUUAAGGGGGAAAAGGUCCCCUUUCAUAUUUGGGAAAUGAGGUGGCAUUUAUACCACCAAGUGUUACUGCUUAAUGAGACUAAAGCAUGGCUCCCAGAGAACCAACACACAGGAGUGUCCCAGAAUUAUUUGCCAGCAAAAAGCCAGCGCCCUAGGCACAACGUUCAGGGAAACCUACUCGCACUUCUUAAAGGAGUGUGUGGUGGCCAAGGCAGUGUGACAUAGAGUAAGUAGAGUAAGAAAUUCAUAAUCUUAAUUCCUUACUGACCUUCAAGAAAGCCCUUAAAACUCAUCUGUUUGGCCUGGCCUUUCAGGGUUUUUAAUUAGUUUUAAUUGUUUUAAUGUUAACCUGGUUUUCAGGGUUUUAAUUGUUCUGAUAGUUUAAUUAUUUUUAAGAUGUUUUUAAAUUGGUGUUCAUAUUUGUAUUUCUGUUUUAAUUGUUUUUAAUGAUUUCUGUUUUUAAUUGUAAACCACCCUGAGCCAUUUUGGAAGGGAGGUAUAAACAUCAAACAAAUAAAUAAAUAAAUAAAUAAAUAAGCAAGCAA